GGUUUUAAAUUAACGUCAGUUGAAGAUGACACAUGCUUGUAAUUAUUCCAAAUGAAGUUUCCAACAAUGCGAAGAGCAUGGAGUUGACGACUUGUACAGUGUAGCAGCAACGUUAUCUUAGGAUGACGUCCAUCAAUUAACCUGAAUGGCAGCCGCACCAACUUGCGGUGACUUGCGAUUUAUGGUCGUCGAUCGGUACAGCUAAUUGACCCAAACAGUGGAUUCCAAUCUACGUGCUGAAUUAUUCAUGAAUGAAUAAGUAACUGCCUAUUGAAUCCCAAAUUUGUGCUAACAAUUGAUCUGUGUUAAGUGGAUUCGAGUGAUUCGAGUGAGACAGAGCUGGAGAGAGAGUAGAAAGUAUGCUGAACAAAACGAAUUCAAAAAAGUGCUUAAAGCUCAGCUGGCUGUGACGGCGAAGUUUAAAAGCUCAAUCUAGAAUGCCAUGCCAGUGCUCGGCGUCAAUGCCGGCGAAGAAUGGGUGGAAUUCGAUAGGAUUUCUCACUUAGACGAAGACCAAACCUCGUAUGAGCAUUCCACAUAGUAGGCUACGCUCACACCCACACGCUCACAGCCCGAUACUCAAGCACUGAAACGUGAAAGUCUAGUUUAGAGUAAGAUAAGAGGGAGAGGGAAAGAAAGAGAAAAAAAAAGUUAUUUCGAGUGUCGAGAGUUGGAGGAGGAAGCAUGCUGAAGGACAAGGAAGAUGAACAGGAAAUAUGUAAAGCGCCAUCACCCUCAUCGGAGGAAAGGAAGCACUCCAAGGAGGUCGAGCUGGACCCGGUGGGAUCGCAGAGAGUGUUCAAGAAGACCUCCUCGAACCAGCUACUGACGCUAUACCUCGGAACUCGCGAGCUGGUGGCCCGCAAGGGCGUCAUCGAGCCGCUGCGGGGCGUCAUCUACAUCGAUCCGAAAAUCAUCGGCGAAGCCAAGAUCUACGGCCAGCUGACGCUGACCUUUCGCUAUGGCCGUGAGGACGAGGAAGUUAUGGGUCUUAAGUUUUGCAAUGAAGCCAUCAUCGCCUUACAACAAAUUUGGCCUCGAAUCGUGGGUACGGAACCGGAGGUGCUAACCCCCUUACAGGAAGCUUUACUGGAUAGACUGGGCAAAAAUGCAGUUCCUUUCGCGCUGGAGAUCGGCACACUGGCCCCACCCAGUGUGCAGCUGCUGCCGGCCAAACGGUACACCGGGGCGCCCAUCGGGACCAGCUACGACGUGCGGGUUUACACGGCCGAGGCCGCCCUGGACGAGCGGGUCCAACGUCGGUCGACUGUGAGAUUAGGUAUAAGAUUAAUUCAUAAGAUCUGCCCGGACUCGACGGCGAAGGCAUCCGUCCUGGAGACGGCCACCGUCAACUCGUGCACGGCGCAGGACCCGACCCCGUCUGGAUUUGGUCCAAAGUCACCCCCGAUCACGGUGGACUCGCCGAGCAACAGCAGCUGCAGCACGGCCACGAAUCCGGCGACAACGCCGACCAGUACGGCCAACACCGCCGUGGCCAACACCGGAACCACCACCACCGGAAGUGUCAAUAACAGUACCAUUCCCCGAUCCUUGCGGCUCCGACUGUCCCCAAAGUCCCUCAAGCUGACGUCUCUGCACCGGCACAGCAGCAGCGUGGACAGCAGCAACGGGGGCAUCAAGUCCUUCGGCGAGCACGGCAUCAUCGAGCUGACGGAUGUCAACAAGGGUCCCCAGGUGUCGGUGGACAAACCCUUCCUGUGGGCAGACGGCCGGGUCAACCUGAAGGCGUCGCUCAACAAGGCCGCGUACGUGCACGGCGAGAACGUCACCGUCACGCUCGACAUCAAGAACGAUAGCCGGAAGGUGGUGCGCAAAAUUCGGCUCGUGGCGGUGCAGCACGUGGACGUGUGCAUGUUCAGCAAUGGCAAGUUCAAAAAUGUCGUCGCCGAGGUGGACGUCAGCAAACACAUUGGCCCGGGGGACACCCUGCACGCCUCGUACUCGCUGCUUCCGGUUAGAGGCACCACCAAGAACUGGAUAGCGGUCGAGGGUGCGCUGUUCAGCAGCAACUACAACGAUCCCAGCUCGUCGGCCUACAACUCCAAGCUGGCCACCAGCGCUCCGCGGGGACUCAUCCAGGCCCCAACGACCACCACCUCCUUGGCCGGUUCGUCCGAAGCGGAAAAGAACGUGUUUGCCAUCUACGUGUCGUACUACGUGAAGGUGAAGUUGGUGCUGAGCAGCAUGGGCGGCGAGGUGUCGUUGAAGCUUCCGUUUGUGCUGGGGAAUGUGGAGUUGAACGAGCCUAAUGGGAACUGUACAACGUUGAGUGGGCUGAAGAAGUUGAAGGAGUUGAGCAGGAAAGCGAGUUCGGUGACUAGCAAUGGGGGAGGGGGAAGCUUUGACCUUGGUCCGCGAUCGCCGCUGACCAAGGAGAUUAGCAUGCGAGGAUCGGACGACGAGUCGGAACAGGCGUCGCUCAUCCAGCGGAACCAGCAGAACAAGUGGUCCUGCUCGUUGUCUUCGCCGAUGCGAAAGCCGGAAACGCCUUCGCCAACGAAACCCUCGACGACGACGACGAAGGACUCGACGACCAACAACCGGCGCGAGCUGUUCAAGAACUCCAAGUUCAACGACAACCUCAACAGUACAAUCGAUGUGAUAACCGAAGACUUCCAGACCCUCACGGCCAACAUCAGCAGCCUGAUCAAGUCUGACUCGAGCAAGUCGCUCCUGAACGAAUCCGGCCAGCAGGAGAUCAGCGUCGAGGCGCAGAUCCACUGUCAGGCGCAGCAGACGACGCCCUCCACCACGAUGGACGACGCGACGACCAGCAGCAGCCCGGCGCUGGUCCAGCAGAAUUGAUAAUCAGAACACAGAACAAGUAGUCAAACCAAAGCCAAAGAUAGUCGGGUGGAACCGACGACUUUACAAACUACCCGCAGAACGAUGCGUAUAUCGAGUACUUUCUACCUUUUUACUAAACUCUGGUCAACCUGCUGGUUAGCGUUGAAUGUUCAUAUACAAAAACUAAAUAAAAUAAACAAAGAAACGGUUUUAUCCUGACUAUACCAAACUUAAGCGUUUAGCGUUCGGACUGCAGCAAAAAAAACAAAAGAGACUCGAUAGCCAUUAUUUAGGAAAUAACAAACUGCACACACAA